CUCAGCGCGCCGGAAGUGCGCGUGCGUCACUUCCGCGACAUCGUGUGGCGGAGCGACGGCGGCGGCGGCAGAGGGAAGUGGGGCUGUGGCGGUGGUCAGGGUUCGCGACGGGAAUGGACGUGACCGGGCCCGAGAGCGACUGGCGCAGCAACAACUUCCGGCAGAAGCUCGUCAGCCAGAUUGAUGAAGCUAUGAGGAAGGCUGGUGUUGCCCACAAUAAAUCCAGCAAAGAUAUGGAGAGUCAUGUUUUUAUGAAGGCCAAAACAAGGGAGGAAUAUCUUUCUCUUGUGGCCAGACUUAUUAUCCAUUUUCGAGACAUUCACAAUAAGAAAUCCCAGGCUUCAGUCAGUGAUCCUAUGAAUGCCCUGCAGAAUCUCACUGGGGGUCCCCCAGCAGGGGCACCUGGAAUGGGCAUGGCUUCGCGAGCUCAGGGAGCACCGAUGAGUGGUAUGGGUGGUCUUGGCCCAAUGGGACAACAGCUGGGUCUCCCCGGGCAGCAGCAGCCUUCUGGAACCUCUGGGAUGGCCCCUCAUGGGAUGCCUGGUGUCUCUACAGCUACUCAGCAGACCCAACUUCAGCUUCAGCAGAUAGCUCAGCAGCAACAGCAGCAGCAGCAGCAGUUCCAGCAGCAGCAGGUGGCUUUGCAGCAGCAGCAGUUCCAGGCCCAGCAAUCAGCCAUGCAACAACAAUUUCAGGUCCAGCAGCAGCAGGCAGCAGCAGCUGCAGCAGCCCAGCAACAGCAGCAGCAACAGCAGCAGUUGCAAGCUGUCCAGCAGCAGCAACAGCACAUGCUGAAACUGCAGAUGCAGCAGCAGCAAAACCAGCAGCAGAUGCAGCAGCAGCAACAGCAGCAACAGCAACUCCAGCGAAUUGCCCAAAUGCAGCAGCUGCAGGCAGCGCAGGCUAUGCAGGCACAACAGCAGCAGCAGCAACAGCAGCAGCAGCAGCAGCAACAGCAACAAAUACCACAGCAACAGAUACAGCAGCAACCACCUCAACAAGUAAUGCAACAGCAGAUGCAACAGAUGCAGCAGCAACAGCAGCAGCAACAACAGCAGGUUGCUCAGGCACAACAGUCUCAGCUUCCACCACAAUCCCAGCCUCAGCCCCAGCCCAUGGUGUCUCAGGCACAGGCAAUCUCAGGACAAAUUCCUAGUCAGGUUAUGCCUGUCACUCUCACGCCACAACAAUUAAAAGCAAUGCAGGUAAGAGCUCAGCUGGUUCAGCAGCAGCAGGCAGCAGCAGUGCAAGCAGCUCAGGCCCAAGCUGCUCAGAUGGGAGCUGCAGGACAGAUGAUCACCGCACCUAUGGCCCGAGGUGGGAUGCAAAUAAGACCACGGUUCCCGCCUACCACCGCUGUGUCUGCCACGCCGCCAAGCUCCAUUCCUUUGGGCGGACAGCAAAUGUCACAGGUCAGCCAGAACAACAUUACCAUGAUGUCAUCCCCAUCUCCCGUCCAGCAAGCUCAAACACCCCAAUCAAUGCCGCCUCCACCACAGCCGCAGCCAUCUCCUCAACCAGGCCAGCCAACCUCUCAGCCAAAUUCAAAUGUCAGCUCUGGCCCAGCUCCAUCACCUAGCAGCUUUCUCCCCAGUCCAUCUCCACAACCAUCCCAGAGCCCAGCAGCUGCACGAACGCCUCAGAACUUUAGUGUCCCAUCCCCAGGUCCUUUAAACACCCCAGGAAAUCCAAAUUCUGUCAUGAGUCCAGCCAGCUCUAGCCAGUCAGAGGAGCAACAGUAUCUGGAGAAACUCAAACAGCUAUCAAAAUACAUUGAGCCACUCCGGAGGAUGAUCAAUAAGAUAGACAAAAAUGAAGAUAGGAAGAAGGACCUGAGUAAAAUGAAGAGUCUUCUAGAUAUCCUGACUGAUCCUUCAAAACGAUGCCCUCUGAAGACAUUACAGAAAUGUGAAAUUGCUCUGGAGAAGCUCAAGAAUGAUAUGGCUGUGCCUACUCCACCACCUCCCCCAGUGCCCCCCACCAAACAGCAAUACUUGUGUCAGCCACUUUUGGAUGCUGUCUUGGCCAACAUCCGUUCACCGGUCUUCAACCAUUCCCUUUACCGCACCUUUAUGCCAGCUAUGACUGCAAUCCAUGGCCCGCCGAUCACGGCCCCAGUUGCUUCGCCUCGAAAGCGGAAGUAUGAAGAGGAUGAAAGACAGACCAUACCAAAUGUCUUACAAGGGGAAGUUGCAAGAUUAAAUCCUAAAUUCCUGGUGAACCUGGACCCCUCCCAUUGCAGUAAUAAUGGCACAGUUCAUCUCAUAUGCAAGCUAGAUGACAAGAAUCUUCCGAAUGUCCCACCGCUACAGCUCAGCGUUCCAGCGGACUACCCCGAUCAAAGCCCUCUGUGGAUAAAAAACCCAAGACAAUAUGCAGCCAAUCCCUUUUUGCAGUCAGUGUAUCGGUACAUGACUUCAAAACUAUUGCAACUUCCAGACAAGCAUUCAGUCACUGCACUCUUAAACACCUGGGCACAGAGUAUUCGUCAAGCCUGCCUGUCUGCUGCGUAACAUCUCGCUUCCUAAAUCAUGAAGAAAGAAAUAGGGUCUCGACAGCUGGCCUCUUCCACAUGUCACUGGAAAAUCACAGGCAUUUUGGGGAGGGUACUUCAGAAGAAAGAAGCCUUAUAUUGUUUUGUUUCUAGGUGUCAGGUUCAGUGGAGAACCUGGUGUUAGAUUUAGCUUUCAUGCUUUUUAUCUUCUGCCUCUGUGGAAUUUUGCCAGCAUUUUCAAAUAUACAAAUAUGUAUAUAUGGUUCUUGAGACUGUAUUAGGAGGAGCUUUUAUUGUCUUCUUAGAGAAGAAAUUAUUUGUGGACUUCCGUCAGGGAGUCUGACUGGUAUAAGAGGGAGCAGGGGGAGAAUGUCCUAAUUUACUUCGAAGUUUGCCCAGUGCCAGUAUUCCUUUCACAUUGUAUAUUUUGUGACCUGUUAUUGCCCCCGGGAAUAAAUUAGCUGCAGCUAGAAUGUGCUCACAGCCUUCCAGUGGUUGCAGGAAUCUUUUGCCUAUUAGCUUUGCCUAGAAACGGGAUAAAUGAGGGCCUUUAAUGGCAUCCCUCAAAUAUGUGAAAUUAAUCUGAAUAAUUCCGUUUUGGGGAGGGGGGGAACCAAAUACAGGAAAAAAUAUUUUAUAGCUUAUUUUAAACACUACUUUAUAUAAUGGUUUUUGGUUAGCAUGGACCAUGUGCUUCUUACUCCAGAAGAGUGAGGCGACUAGGAAGAGGCGAUAUUAACAUGCAUACUGACUUCCCCUAUAAGCACAGCAUGUGUGUGGGUACUGGAGGGAUUCCCCCCUCCCCCCCAACUGUUUAAAGCCCCAGGACCAUGAAUCAAUCCAGCAGGCUUGUAGCUACAUACCUUCGUAUGUAUGUUUACUAGGGGAAAGGCGGUCUCUGAAGCAUUUGACUUCCUAGGGGAGUUGAUGCAGGUCAGUGAAAGUGCUUCCAUACUACAUCUGUUUGUUUAAAAAAAAACCAAAAAAACAAAAAAAACUGAACUUAGCUCAGGAGUAGAACUGACAACUGAUAUUUUGUGCCUUGAGCAAUGAGGGGCACUGAAGUUGGUCAUCAGCUGCCUUAUUGUUGGGCACUUCCAAUGAAAACACUUGCCAUGAGUAACUAAUUUCAUGCAUAGUGUGAUUAUUUUAUUUUCCCCAUGCUUGUAGGUUGUUGACUCUUAAUUUUCUGCUGCAGGUGAAUUUCAGUUUCAGGUGUUCUCAUUGUAUCCUGCUCCAUCUCCCUGUAUUGUGCAGCAAAACCUAAAGAGUAGCUGGACUCUCUUACAGUAGUGUCAAGAAAUUGCUAUGACCUUUGUAAAUCUGUGUGGUGUCAUCAGUUUUAGGAUGUUUUUAAAUGUGGGUACUUAGUAAGCACUGACUGAGGCAGCGGAAUGCUAUCAGUAUUUUGUACAUGAACUAAUGCAUUACCUGUUUGUUUUUAUCGUAAUAAAUUUAUUAUUAUUCCUGUGUUGGAUGCUAACAUUA